AUGAACAAGCGCAUUUUGCAUGUUAUCACCAAUAUGGCACAUUAUGAUGAUUUAUCCCACCCGACUAGCUUGUGGCUAUCUGAACUCACCCACGCUUGGCACGUCUUCGAAGAGCAUGGUUUUAAACAGAGUAUCGUUAGUCCAACGGGGGGUCUAUCUCCCUUAGAGCCGCGGUCACUAAAGUUCCUCAAUUAUGAAAAGACAGCCAAGGCCUGGCGGGCCGAUCCAGCUCGCAUGUCACUUCUGGAAAACACUGCCCGACCUGACCAGAUUACCUCCGCUGACUUUGAUGCAAUCUAUUUCAUUGGUGGGCAUGGUGUGAUGUACGAUUUUCCAGACAGCGAAGGUCUGCAGCAGAUUACCCAGGAGAUUUUUGAACGGGGUGGCGUCGUAUCCUCUGUUUGCCACGGUUACUGUGCCCUACUGCACACUAAACUCUCGGAUGGGUCGUACCUGGUCGCUGACCGUAAGAUAACCGGGUUCACCUGGCGGGAGGAGGUGCUUGCUUGCGUGAACAAGCUUGUGCCCUACAACGCUGAAGAAGAGGUAAAGAAGCGUGGCGCACACUAUCAAUCGGCUAAGUUGCCUUUCGUUUCUUACACGGAAGUGGAUGGAAAUCUGGUGACUGGACAGAAUCCGGGUUCUGCGAAAGAGACUGCGAGCAAGGUCGUCACCGUUCUCAGCCAGCUACAGCGUGAAUCACUGCCCUGUUGA